CUACAAGUGGGGAUAUUUUAUUGAAAUGGAUCAUCGUAAAUGUGCCAGAAAUAUGCCCGAAACAGAUCAUUGACGUAGAACAAUAGAUACCGACGAAUGUGCUUGCUUGCUGUAUCAAGACAAAUCCUUACGAUAGCAAUAUGUUCCCACAAUGUGUAUUAAGCUACAAGUGUCACGAAAGAAGUCUAUAACUUGGUAAUCUACUAGAUCAGCAUGGAAGAUACGCGGCGAUUGAAGAAGCAGAUUCUAGACUGAAACCGUCAUGUUUCGUCUACCUUUCAAUUUUUUUUACCGUGACGGUGGUGGCAUGAUUAAAUUUUAACUCUCCCAAAUUUUUCUAUUGCCUUCCGAGAUUCCAACCUUUUCACUUUCGUCAUGAGCCAACAGAAAACUUUUAAGCAUACGUUUACUUACACUGCCCCGGAAGCGAAGAGUGUUUUAGUAACUGGUACCUUUGAUAACUGGAGCAAGACCCAAGUUCUUGACUUUGUCAAUAACGGCAUGUUCACUGCCACCGUGCAGAUUCCGUACGAGACUCCUGGUCAAGACAUCCUCUACAAAUAUGUUGUUGAUGAACACUGGCUGACCGACAGUAAGACUGAAACUACCACUGAUGCUGAGGGGAACGUCAACAAUAUUUUGCAUGCUCCCGUCGAACCAGAGCUUGCACAGACAUCAGUCAGCGAAGCCAACGUAGCCGACGCUGGACCGGAACAGCCAAAGCAGGAAUCAUUACCUCCAUUGUUCGUACCCCCAGUUGUACUUCCAUCUGACCGGGCAGCUUAUGAAGGUAAUACAUGUUAUAAUUUGCCGCUCGGAUACGUCACAUCUUAGAAGUGAAGGGUCGGAAGAUCAUAGCGCUAGACCUUUCGUCUUGCAAAUGAAAGGAAUCUGCAAUCCAAUACAUGGUUGACCAAUAUUCUGACCGAUCUAUUCAAUUUGAUACAGCUGCCGUUGCUAAAGGUGACAAUGAAGUUGUAAAGCCACAAGCAACCAAUAUCGAAAGCUUCCCUGUUGUUGAGAACGAUCUCGAUAGAGCGAACUCUCCGGGUAAGUCAUUGAGAU